AUGUCGGGCCUGCAGAAGAAACCAGAUCUGGCCACUAAUUUUAGGUUUUCAUAUCCUCUGUUUCUCUCUCUUUCCCAUUGUGUCCUCCCAGUUGAACAAUAUUAUUCCACCAACGUCCAGAAGAACCAGCUAGUCCAGAAUGACAUCCGUGUGGCCAAGAGGCUGCAGGACGAGGAGGAGAGUCAGUGGGCGCAGCAGAGUGUGGUCCGACAGUCGUCCAGACAACUGGAGGAACAAGAUUUUGAGCUCGCCCGUGUCAUUCAGGAUGAGAUGCAGCGUAACGCUGAAGAGGCGCGAAAGAGAGAGCUGGACGACGAGGAAGUGGCCAAACGCUUGCAGGAAGAGGAGGAACAGCGGAUUAGGGUGAGGAGGAGAGGGGAGAACGGCCACAGUGAAGGAGAGGAGCAGUAUCCAACAAACUCCGCUAGGGGGCAAUAUUCUACCUCUGACAACCAGUCAGAGUCCAACGGCACUUUGGCUGUCUCUCCAAGAGAACUGCUGGCUCAUAGGAACGGAGCUUCACGGUCAAAUCAAGGACAUGGGUAUUCUUUUCACCACAGAAGGCACGAGUUCAGAGAGUCUUUGAGUGAGGACUCGGACUCGGACACAGUCUUCAAAGAACAGCUCUCCUUGUGGUCUCAGAGAUGGAACAGAAGAGUCAACACGGCACCACAUCAUCAGCGGGCCUCCGCAAGACGCUCGCAGGAGAAGACGUCCAGAAGUCAACUUUCACCUCGCCGCAGCUUCACAGAUGAGGUCGUCGUCUAUGAAGGGGAGAGAGAAGGACUGGAGGAGGAGGAGGAGGACGACGACGACUACGACAGGGACGAGAGGAUGAUGAUGAGAAAUCAGAAUUGUGGAAGGAGCCAAAGAGAGGUCUAUGAAGAAGACAACAGGCUGAGACGUGGGGACAGAGACUCCAGGUCGGCUCGUGGUAGAGAGCGGCACCUGAGUCGCACCGAGUCGGUCAGGAUACACGACAGAAGUGCACACAGGAACAGGGAUCUGGUCAGAACCUGGAGCUACAAGGACCAGCCCGACAAACAUGUCCAUUUUCAGGACAACGCCCGGGCGUCAAGCAGACGGUCGGAUGAAAGCAGACAAGUCUGGGAGAUGUUGGGCCAGGUCCUCAUGGAGCGGGGUGUGCCCGUGAAGCUAGGAGGCGACGGGGCGCCACUCCAAAUAAGACCUCAAAGAAGAGACAGUCAGGUGCUCCAUGGGAGUGAGGUCUCCUGCUGCAGCUCCCAACCACAUCAGAGAGACUUCCAGAGAGCUGCUCCCACCAGGCACAGUUUCCAUGGAGAUAUCAGGAAGAGGAGGAAAUCAUCACACCGGGAGGACAGUGGGAGAGAUCACAGAGACGGCCGAGACAGGCACUGUGAUGAAGGGGAGCGUGAUGGAGAAGUUCACCAGAUUAGCAGCAGACACUCCUUCCACGUCAGCAGGGAAAGGCAAGGCAGUAGAAGGUGGAGAGAACACGGUUACGCAAACGGAGGCGAAGGCGAGCAGAACGUAAAUCACCACAGGGUCAAAAGGACAACAAGUCAACGGGGGCAGUGGCAAAGGACAGCAGAAGAAAGGUUCGUCUCAAUAGAGGAGGAGAAGGAGAAGGAGGAGGUGGAGAGGAGAACCCAGUGGCCUCCUCGCAGGGCUUCGACCAGGGCUAGGCCGAGCCAUGUCUCGGCAGGUAACGCCACGGACUCCAGCCAAUCGCCAACUGCAGGACUUUCACUGGAACAGGACCCAGCUGAGGCCGGCCUACACCUUGGGGAGUUGCAGCAGGUCCUCGAAGAUGAAGAGCUGGCCCGGAAGCUGCAGGAGGAAGAGGAGAAGUUGGUGAAGAAGAACCCCUGUCCGUCUCCUCGUAGUUCUUAUCCAGAAGGAGACUUCAGAGCAGCACAAGUAGCACAGGAUGAGGAAAUCGCACGUUUCAUGCAGAAGCAGGAAAUGAAGUUGAAGCACAGGUCCUGUGAACUGGAAGGGCCGUCGUCGUGGCGUGAACACAGGGCGAUGAUCACGUACCACGACAGACGAGCUGCACGAGAGAGAAAGCUCCAAUUAGAACCACAAGAUGUUUGUGCUGAAACGCAGGUCCAGCGAGAACGACUGGACUCAGAGGGACUUCCGUCGCCCACCGAGGACUGCAGUCCAGAGAACCAGCCUCCCAGUCCUAUCUCCACGUCACCACAAACCCAGAACAUCAGAAACAUCGCAGAGGAGCUCGAUCCCACCUUUCAGGGGCGGAGACAGGAAACAAACCAACUGCCACCUGAACCAACAGGUCCAUCGAGUCAGUCGGUCUCCGUGUCACACUCGGGCCUGAACGACGUCCCCGGAGAGCCCGCCUUCAUUCCACCCACAAAACGGCAAACGGAAAAACCGGCGCGCACUAAACCAAAAGAGAAGAAGGAAAACUGCAAACAACAAUAGCAAAAUUUUGGGAACGUAAACAUUUUUUUUUUCCUCCACUACAUAUUCCUGGUCAUGACCCUAAAGGUUGGAUGCCAAACGAACAACGUUCUACUACUUCGUCCAUUAGCACUUUAGACCAGUGGAACGUAGAACUAUUCCAAAGAAAGGCCUUAAAAAUAUAUCACAACUCUAAAGCCACAACUUUAUAACUCCCAGGGACAAAAGUAAGAGUUUUUUUUUUUUGAAGAAUUGCUGACGAUAUCGUUUGUUUUGUUUAUUAACAGUACACAUUUUUAAACACUUUGUUUUUUCAAUGUUUGUUUUUUGUGUCUACCGUAACUGUUAAAAGAUACGGUUUUUUUUUUCCCUGUUAUUUGUUUCUUCACGACACAUUAACUGACAAUAAAUGAAUUGGUCUAUUGAUUGGACGAUUCCUCUACACCA